CACUCGCCGCAGACCGAACGUCCACACCGUGUAUGCCCACACGCGUUGUCGGAUAGGUGAAAUCUCGUCGGUCCCACGUGCGCGGCCCUCGUAUUGUUGUCACUGUCCGUAUACUAUCACCGGAAGUCCGAACCGCUGUCGCGACCGAACCGGGAAACACCGGUGGCCGGAACUGCCAGUUCACGGGGGAUGGGGGUGUCAUGGAAUUUUAAUAAUAAUACGAUUAUCAUGACGCGUCCGUGCUGCUAGGGAAGUCGUGUGUAGUACACACUCGCCAUGCUGAUGUUCUGCCAAAGACCGGACCGGUACGUGGUCAUCUGGCUGUUUCAGAUACUCACCGUCAUCUGUGCAGUAUUGACGGACGAUCCGAAUUUCGCAGAGCCUAUACCAAAUGUUACAGUGUCGCUUGGGAGAGACGCAUCCCUUCCAUGUGUAGUCAACAAUCUCGGCACGUACAAGGUAGCGUGGAUUCACAUCGAUCGGCAAAUGAUUUUGACAAUUCAUCGUCACGUGAUAGCCCGAAUACCACGAUUUGGGAUCACCCACGAUAGUCAAAAAACGUGGCUGUUGCAUGUCAAGGGCGCACAACCUGAAGACAGAGGCUAUUAUAUGUGUCAAGUGAACACAAACCCCAUGAUCAGUCAAGUUGGAUACUUACAGGUGGUCGUACCACCAAAUAUCAUUGAUGAAGAAAGUUCUCCAUCUUCAGUGUCCAUCCGGGAAAAUCAAAAUCUAUCCCUUACGUGCAAAGCAGAAGGAUCACCGACACCAAAAAUUAGUUGGAAAAGAGAAGACGGUAUUUAUAUAGCGACGGAUCGAAAAAAAAAAGCUGUGGAGAAGCUGUUCGGCGACACGUUAAACUUGACAAGAGUCAACAGAGCGGAUAUGGGCGCAUAUCUCUGUAUCGCUAGCAACGGUGUGCCUCCGUCAGUUAGCAAGCGCAUUAUACUCGACGUCGAAUUCUCGCCGAUGAUAUGGGUACCGAAUCAGUUGGUCGGAGCUCCGUCAGGUACGGACGUGACAAUCGAUUGCCAGACGGAGGCGUAUCCUAAGUCGAUAAACUAUUGGUCGUUUCGCGACUCAAAAACUAUGCUGUUCCAAAACAAGAAGUAUGUGACGUCGGACACGGAGAAAAGAUACCACAUCCACAUGAGGCUCACCAUCAGAGACUUGAGCCAAUCGGAUUUCGGCAAUUACAAGUGCAUAUCCAAGAACUCGCUCGGCGAAACCGAGGGCUCCAUCAGACUUUACGAAAUACCAAAACCUUCUUUAGCUCCGAAAAGUGCGUCUGAACUCAACCGGGCGGUGAAUAAAGAAGUUUUGAAGCAACCGAAAGUGUCGGUGGUGCGAAACAUGACUGGCCAGUCUGUCCGGGACAACCGGCAGCAUCAGUCGCGUCCCGUCAGGCCCACCGUUCCUGGGAGACUCGAGGCCUCAGGCAAUUGGGGGCCCAGCAGAUACAGCCGGUCCCAAAUCGUAAUAACCGUGUUUGGUGUGGUCACGUGUCUCACGUCCUCGCAUCACAUACCAUCAUGAACGGCUCAACAUCCUUAUAAUAUAUUAUUAUAACAUUAUUAUUAUACUACAAUAAUAGCUGAAUUUUUGUUUUGUUUUGUUGUAUAAAUUUUAAUAUAUAUUAUUAAUAUUAUAAUAAUUAUGAAUUGUAAGUUAAGUAUGUUACGGAACUCAACAAAUAUUAUUGUUGUGAAUAAUUGAAUAAUUAAUAACAAUAAUGCUUGAUAUUAUCAAAAUGCUAUAAUAGAAAAAUAAUUUUAGUUACCGCUGCAAUUUUAUUUUGAGAAGGUAUUUUAGUCGCCAUAGAAAUUAUUGUUUUUUAGAAAUCAUUGUUGAAGAAUCAAAUAUCAUCAUAUUAUGUGUCAAUCUAAUAAAAAAGUUAUAUAUUUAUUUGAAAUACCUACUAAUUUAAAAAACUAUCUAUCUAAUUUGCACUGUAUUCGCGUAGUGCCGUGUGUUCGUACUAAUUUUAUUUUAUUUAAUAUUUUUUUCAAAAACAAAAUCAAAAACAAAGCUAUACAAUCCCCUAAGUAUAAUAUGGUACUAUGGAUAUAAUAUAUGUAUAGUUAAAAAAAAAACUAAUAUGAAAUUAACCAUAAUGAGUUAAGUAUUUCGUGGUUGUUAUGAUGCUUCUUUCUUCUUCGGUAAUCUCGGCCGCUUAGGACCAUCCCAGCGUACAUCCUUGUCUCCAGUUCUCCCAAUCCGAUGUCUGUAGUUUCCAUUCCAUACCUCCUCCUAACCCUUUCACAGCAUCCCUUAUUACGUCAUCCCACCUCAGACGUUGUGUUCCCAGCGGUAUUUUCCAAGUAGGAUUUUUUCCUAUUACAAUGCGUAUGAGUGGGUUUUGGCUAAGCCAAUCGUGUCCAGCCCAUUGUAACUUUUGUUCUUUACCGUUUCCAGUAUACCGGGUUAACGGGGGAGCGUUUUUUACGGGGUUGUUUCUUAGAGGUUGUUAUGAUUAUCUGCAGUAAUAUAAAUAUGUAUAUAAAAUGCGUAGAAUGUAAUAAUAAACUCCAAUUUUCCUAUAAAAUAUAAUCGUGUAUGCAGAUUGGAGGUAACUGCAUGAAACAUGAAAAUGAAUAUUCUUGACGUUUCUUACGAUUUGGAGGGUAAAAAAUGAUAAUGUUCGUUGGAUCACCCUAUAAAAACGUUUGGACAUUUUGAGUGGCGUAGGAACUAUGUGUAUAAAUAGAAUAUUUAUUAACUAUGUAUAAAUAAUAUCUCAAGUGGAAAAAAGGUCCUAUCGCCGUUCUGGAUGACCCGUACAAUAGAUUCAAUGGAAGAAAAAAAACACGCAUAGGUAAGUUCGUGUGCGUUUUUAAAUUAUUCGAAUGUUGUACUACAACUGCUCUUACGACGUUGAAUACGUAAACGGCGUAAUUUUCAAAUCCUUUGGAGAACUCGAGUUUAAUAAAGAGAUUGGGUAGGUUAUCAUAAGUGUAUUUACAUAAUAAUAUGGUAUAUUUGGCCAAUUUGUAAUGACGUACAUUAUAUAAUACCUAACCUUUGUUGAACUAUUCGAAUAUCGCUAAAAUUGGUUAAAAGUAAUACACUCAGUAAGACGUAUAAUAUACUAAUAUGGUUCUACAAACCAUUUUAUAUAAUAUAAGUAUAGGCAUAUCUUGCUGCACGUGUUCACGUAUUCUCGGUUUAAUGCUUUUUUUUUAUGUUUUUCAGUAAAUUUCUAUUCACUGCCGAAGAUGACACAUGACGUGACAAUAUUAUUAAAACAAAAAACAGUUAAAAAAUAGCAAUAUAAUAUUUUAAAGUGACGCGUUGCGAGCACUAAAAAAUGUAAAUAAAAACAGAGGGUACAUAUGUAUUAAUAAUGUAUUUAGCUACGGUAUAAUAUGCUCUUGGAAAUUCGUAUGGUUAGGGUACUAUUUGUUUUUAUACCCCGGCGCAACGCAAUAAACGCAUAAACAGAAUAUUUUUUAAGUCGCCAAUAUCUUGUGGACAUAAUAAUAACGUACCAUCAGCGAGUGAUGCUCAAUAAUAAUCAAUGAAAUCGUUUACCUGUGAAAUUAAAUGAGAAUUUUUUUAGCGUUAAAUUAAAACAUACCUUUCUUGGCAUUCGCACAAACAUCAUUCCUUUAUCUUUACCGUCCCGCGUACAAUACCAUUCAUACGGGAAUAAUAAUAAUUAACGGAAUUUCAAAAUUUCAAAAAAAUACCUGUCAUACCAACUCACUGAAUGUACCCACCCACCCAAACGUGGAUAAAUGCAAUGCUCGUGUUCAGACAAUGUGUACUGUCGGCUAUAAUAUGACGUAUGCGCAUAACUUUCCAGUUCGAGUUACCUAAAUCCACGUAAUUACACAAUUACGCUAAACACUCGAAAUGGAUAAAAUACUUUACUUUGUUUUAUGUCGGCAGAUAAAACCAAUACAAUAGAAAUUCGAAAACAUAAUUCGUUUCAAGUCACUUCAAACUUCACUGUCGCAUAACUAAAACGGCCACUGCGUUAAUAACGUGAUUUGAUAUAUUCUCGGAUUACAUCACGUCGUUCGAUAUAUAAUAAAUAUUACGAACAGCGUAGACAAGGCCAAUACCUAUUAUUACAGUUGAAAAGCCCACCUACGUGAUGUACCAUAUUAGAUUGAAAACUAUUCAAAAUCAUGUUGUUACACCUAUCAACUUCCACAAAAUGCCACAGUAUUGUAAUUUUAUGGUGCAGAACUGUUGACGAUUUGUCAAAUCUCCGACAUUGAUCUGUCGUUAAAUGUAUAAAGAUACUGAUAUUGUGUGUGGAAUAUAUUUUAUUUUUUCCAAGAACAAAGAACCCAUAUUCGUUUCACAGUAAUGAUAAUGUGUAGUUUUUAUAUUAGUAAAAUUAAUUUCAAUCAAUUCGGAUCAGAAAAACGCUCUAAGAUCUUCACUCAGCACAUAUCUGGAUUGUAGGCACAACAUUUUCAGAGGUAAUCGUUCAAAUUUCCUGGUCGUUUUCGAGAAAAUUAUACAAAUCUAUAAUUUUGAUACUAUACUGUCACAAUAAAAAAUAUUCAAUUUAAAGAAAAAAUCGUACCCUUAUGGGUUAGAUGGUUUUUUGAGAUUCCGCCGCCUUCCAAAGAUUACGUUAUCUGGUCAUUAGAUCCGAUUAUUUAUUUUUGUAUGGGUUUGGUAUUAUGUCACACACAAUGUUUGUCAAUUUUUAAAAUAUAAUAUAGUUUACGCCAUAGAAAUACUGUUCGUGUUUAACUCUAUAGGUAAGUUUUUUGUAUUAUUAUUUUUAAAUAGGUUGUACACAAUUUGUAAAUAAUUAAUUUUCACAAUAAACAUAUGAGUGGUUAAUACAGGUUAGCACGAAUUAAUUGAUAAAAAGAAGCCACCGAUCAAAGACACUUGUUUUGCGUGACUCAUCAUUUAUCUACACCAUUGGAGAGCUAAUUAUCUAGAUUUCUGGUGAUUUUAUUUGAGUUGAGAUCUCUAAAUAUGGGGUAUAAGUGAUUGUGUAAGCGGAAUCAUUUAAAGGAAGUGGAUGCAGUUUUGGAUAUAGUGUGUAUGUGUGAAUCGUAGUGUUAAUAGUGUGAUUGGUGACGUGGAAAGCUGCACACAUUCAGAUGGAAUGUAGUUGAUUCGAAUGCUUGGAUUGUUUUUAAAGUUUGAUUGUUUGGCUGUUCCAGAAAUUUUAAUGCCGUAAGACCAAAUAGGCAUUAACUAAAAUUUAUUUAUUUUUAAGAUAAAUAUUUUAUUUUUUAUUUAAUACAAACUUAAAAGUAAAGGUUUGGCUUCCUUCGUAUGUAGUUAAAUAGUAGUCAUUUUACUUUAAUAUGGAACCCAGUUCAGUAGCUUAUCUAAAAACCCAUCCAAAUAAUGGACGUUUAAUGCAAUAAACUUAGGUGGGUAAGUAAAAAAAUAUUCAUAUUUUCAGUUUUACAUAAUAAUCAAUCUGGUCGUAAAAAUACAAAUUUUAUGAAUAGCAGUUUGACACUCAGUGAGGAGAUAAAAUCAUAAAAACAGACUAUCUACGUUUGGUGGCAAUAUAGAACUGUGUUAAACUAGACUGUUGAAUUUUGCAAUUAAAAUUGAAACGACAUCGUCUUUAUUUUAAUUUUGGUUUGAUAUUUUAAAUUCUCAUUUUAACUUAUUGAAUUAACAUUAAUUAUUAUUUACGAGAUGUGCUGAAGAAAACUAUUGCAGAUUUUAAUAAAUACCUAUAGUUGCAGUAAUUUCAAUUCUAUUGAAAAAUAACUGAACCAAAGUUAAAAUAUGAUUG